AUGCGCACGCACGAUGAGUUCAUGCGCGAUCUCGCGAGCAGCAGCACAACCCCGCAGUUUGACACCAAUGCCAUGCCCUCAAACCCAGAACCCACGGACGAAGCCGACCUCCGCCGGAAAAAGACCCGCACCGUCCACCCGUCGCAGUCCAUCUGCCGCGACUGGAUGAUCGUCUCGGGCAACUGCCACUACGCACGCGACGCGGCCUCCUUCACAACCUACACGCCCGCACCACCGCACACCCUCAUCAAAUCCAACAUCUUCAGCCCGCACGACGAAACGCUCGUCGCGGGCGUGGGAACUGUCCAUCUCUCCAUCCCGCGCGGGCGCCACGAUCCCACAACACACACGCUCGUCCUCGAGGGCGUGCUACAUAUCCCCGGGGCGCUGUGUAAUGGGUUCAAUCCGCUGCUUGUCGGGAGUAGCAUGAGCUGCCAUGCGGAGUAUUGGGAGGGGGCGGACCGGAUGGGACGGCCGAUGUGGUUUGGGUUGCCGUUUGCGGGGAUGGGGAGGUUGGUUUUGGAAGGGGGACAGGUCGGCGAGUCGGAUUUGAUCGAGGGGAGGGAGUAUACGUUGAGUUUGUAUGUUAGUCCGGAGGAGAGGAGGGUUAUUAUGGGGGUGUAG